UCCAUGGAAACAUCCUGGACACCGUGCAGCACGGUUGCUAUGGCGUGGGCCUUAGCAUGCCGGUUCCUUUCUCUGCCAUUGCGCUGUAUCCUCUGUUCCAUCUCUCCUGGAGUGCAGAGCUGUGUUUCCUCCUUCCAGGCGUCUGUCAUUGCAACACUUCAUGCCGCGGAACAUGGCUGCUCACCCACAGCUUUCAGGACGCUUUGUGGGAGCUUCUCAGCGGGCAUUGUAGUCCCGGGGGUGUAGUGGGGAGAAGGGGGAGCAUCUGGGAUUCCGGAAAAUUCCAGUCAGCCCACGGGGAGGCACACUCGCAGGACCAAAUGGAAGAGACUCCCAGAACCAGGAAGAAAGUUCACUUCAGAGAAACACGAGUGGACAGAUUGGACCGAAGGAAGCUCUUUCGACAUUACACCGUGGGGUCCUAUGACAGCUUUGAUGCUUCCAGUGACUGCGUUAUUGACGAGAAGACGGUGGUUAUGCAGAAGCGGGACAAUGAGGGAUUCGGGUUUGUGCUGCGAGGGGCCAAAGCCAACACACCCAUCGAGGAGUUCACGCCUACCCCAGUGUUCCCCGCUCUGCAGUACCUGGAGUCCGUUGACGAGGGUGGAGUGGCCUGGCAGGCGGGACUGAGGACCGGAGACUUCCUGAUCGAGGUUAACCAGGGCAGCGUGGUGAAAGUAGGCCACAGACAGGUGGUCAACAUGAUCCGGCAGGGUGGCAACCAUCUGGUGAUCAAGGUGGUAACUGUCAGCAGGAAUAUGGACCUGGGGGAUACUGCUCGUAAAAUAGCCCCACCCGCUCCAAAGCGGGCCCCUUCCACCGCACUUUCCAGGCGCUCCAAGUCUAUGACAUCAGAGCUCGAGGAGUUAGGUAAGCACUGCAUCAGGGGUAAAAAAAUGACAGUCACUGGAAAAGUGCAUGUUUUGCAUUAUGAGCACAAUAAGGUGGACGAAGUUACCCCCUCCCAGAAACCACUGUGGGACGACAUGUCAACAGACAUGAGGGUGGCCGCCAUUAAGCCACGCCCAUCCAGCAGGUGUUUGGCCACGCCCAAGGAGAUGAACGUGCAGUUUGCAGUUGAGCAGGUGGACCUAAUGAAGUGGCCGUCCCUGUACGAGCGCCAGGGCAUUGCCGUAGUGUCCCCCACAGUGCCAGGGACCCCUGCCGGGGGGUCCCACCUGGGGGUGUCAAAGGGAACCAUGAGGAGGCAGAAGUCAAUAGGAGUAACAGAAGAAGAAAGGCAGUUCCUGACCCCUCCACUGCUGAAAUUCUCCAGGAGCCUCUCUGUGCCUGACACAUACCAGGACAUCCCGCCUCCACCCGCAAUCUCCCCUCCAGCCCCCCCUUACAACAGCCCCAAACCACCUGUGGUCGGGGGGGACAGUGGCACCAUCCGGCCAGGCUUCACCCCCAACUCCGCAGCCAAAGACACUGGCUCCCUGACUCGGGGUGACUCCAACAUGGGCACCAUGAGGAGGCACAAGGGCAUGUACUGCCGGCAGAGCUCUGAGCAUUUUGACUCCGUAAAUCCUUACAAAACCAACGUCUUGAGCCUGCAGAACGUGCACAACCACAGGUCCAGCGUGCUUGAGAAUCCCUACUCAAAAACGGGGAAGCCAGGUGUCAAGGCUCUGUAUGUGCCCGCCAAGCCUGCCAGGAGGAAGGGCAUGCUGGUGAAACAGCUCAACGUAGAGGACAGCCCAGAGAAGACCUGCUCCAUCCCAAUCCCCACCAUCAUCAUCAAGGAGCCAUCCAUCAGCAGCAGCGGGAAGAGCAGCCAGGGCAGCAGCAUGGAGAUCGACACGUCAGCGUCCGACCACCCAGGCCAGCUGCGGCCCGAUGGCAGCCACAGAAAGAUCUGCAACCGCCAGAAACGGCUAGAGGCCCACCGCUGCUCCUCGGCCUUCAUCUCCACUGACCUGGGAGAUGAGGACGUAGGGCUUGUACCCGUCCCCGCCCCCCGUCUCCGCCAGUCCAAGUCCAUUGAUGAAGGCAUGUUCAGGAAUGAUGAGCAUCUGCACAAGCUCAUGGACCCACCUUCCUCACUCCUGGUUAUCCCCCAGGGAGAGAGAGGUGGCAGUGGAAAUGUGACGGACUUCACUUCCCAUGAAUCUACGCUUGUGAGGGUCCCCCUGAGCACGUGCACUGGGAACAGCCCCCACCUGGACAGCCCUCUCAGCCUGCCCGUGACCGUGGGCAAGACCUAUAGCAGCAGCAACGGGGGCACCUAUGUGCACCCAGUUACAGGGAAAGUGCUGGACCCCAGCUCUCCGCUGGCCCUGGCUCUGGCGGCCAGAGACCGAGCCAUGAAGGAACAGCAGGUGUACCAGCCACCACCUCCACAGCAGUCCAAGACUGACCCCCCCAAGCCUGAUCUCAACAAGCCCCUCUUUAUUGACACCAAGCUGCGCCCCAACACGGUCACUGCCACGGGCCGGCCAGGCAGGGGGGGGCUGCGGAGGCAAAUGACAGGGGCUAAGUACGAGACAAAUUUGGCAAAGGAUGAAUCUGAAAAGGUUGAGAGGACAAACAUGUUGAUUGACAUUGUGGACACGUCACAGCACAAGUCAGCCGGUCUCCUCAUGGUGCACAUGGUUGGCAGAACCACACCUGAUGUGAACAGCCCAUCAGUGGGGGAAAGAGAGAAUACCAUCACCGAGGGCCCAGACAGCACCCCAUCUGAACUGCGGGACUCCAACCAGCCAGUCAUCCCCGCUGGCAAGCCUCAGACCCCUAACACGCAUGAUCCUGCUGCCACCACAUCACAUAGCAAGGCCUUCAUCUCUGUCAGCUCAGUGGAUGACUCAUUCCAAAAGCUACCCUUCCACAUCCCCCCACCACCGCUGGCCUCUGUCGACAUCACUGAGGAGUUUGUGUUCUCUGAGCCCCUACCGCCACCGCUGGAGUUCGCCAACAGCUUUGACAUCCCAGAGGACCAGGCUGGGGUCAUCGUCAAGCUGGUCAAACAGCAUAAUACUGGGAUGGGGGCAUCCUCUCUUGCCCCUUACCACCACCCUCACCAGGGGGUGGGGACUGCAGAUGUGCGGAAGUCGCCAGCAAGCCUGACAAGCUGUGUGCCCCCUGAGAGUUUAGAGCCUGUCAACGAUUCAGGAAUUGAGGAGGCAGACAGCCGGAGCAGCGGUGACCCCCGCCUGGAGACCACCAGCACCGUCUCAACCGUGUCCAGCAUCUCCACCCUGUCCUCGGAAGGCGGGGAGCCCUUGGAUACAUGCACCAUCUAUGCAGAUGGGCAGGCAUUUGUGACGGAUCGGCCCCCGGUCCCACCUAAGCCAAAAAUGAAGCCUAUCAUCAACAAAUCCAAUACAAUUUACAAGGACGCUCUGAUUGAGGAAGACCUGGACACCUUUGGGAUGCCUCUGCCCCCUGCUCCUGCCCUUCCCCCUCCCUCAGGUGGUAGCACCCCCCCUUUGGACCCUCCCAAAACCCCCACACAAAGGACCUCAAAGCUCUGGGGCAACCCACCAGAGCUCACAAGCCCACCCCUGCCCAACCCCAAAACCAACAUGAUGAGUGAACACAACUCCGUGCUGCAACAGAUGAACAGAGAUAGAACAGCCAAGCCUGGGGAAACACUGGACUCUCCCACAGGAUCUAGAGCUAACUCUGGAGCAAGGGCUCUGGAGGUCUCAGUCUCAGGUACACAGCGAAACACCACAGUCACCUUCCCCACACAGCCUGGUGCCCAUCAGGCGAACAGCGAGCCCCACCCCCUCACCUCCCCUCCGGACUCCAGCCCAACCCCCAGCCACGCGUCCUCCCUGUCCCACUCUCCCUCUCCCACGCUGACGGAAGUGUUCAGCCUGCCCACACCCCCCCUGUGUUCCGGGCCGUGCAGCCUGGGGUCGGGGGGGAGCCGGUCCUCGUCCCCUCUCACCCUCGCCCAGGCUGUCUCUGACAAGCCGUUUGCCUCCAAGCCUGUCCCGCUGUGGACCAAGCAGGAUGUAGCGGACUGGCUGGAGAAUCUCAACCUGGCUGAGCACAGGGACGCCUUUAUGUACAACGACAUUGAGGGAGCUCACCUGCCCAACCUGCAGAAGGAGGACCUGAUUGAUUUGGGUGUGACUCGAGUGGGCCACAGAAUGAACAUAGAGAGAGCUUUGAAACUGCUGAUGGACAGAUAAGGAAGGCCUCCUUUCCUACCAUAGGAUCACUUCUGUCACACCCCCCCCCCCAAAAAAAAACUCCCUGUUCAGCGGCUAAAUGAAUGUUCCCAUUGGGAUUCAUGAUCAACUGCGAAUUUGAAUGAGAAUCAGUUUUUGAAUGAAGCACAAUCACGGCGAAUGUGGGUGAGACCACGGGCGCCAGGGUUUGAUUUUUAUGUGAGACACACAAGGGACAAAUCACCUUGGAAUAUGACUAUUUCUUUACAACAAAGACGCUCAAAGAAUGUGUUGCUUCUCACCUAUUUGUCUGGAGAGGACAUGAAGCUGACAUCAAAAUCACUUUGUUUGUGCACACACAAUAGAAUCCCAGAAUUAGUGUUUUUACACAAGACAAUCAACUUCAAUGUUUUUACACCUCUUUCAAAUCAGUAGGGACACAAUUAUAGCAAACAAUUUCAUUGAGUUUUGCUUUCAUUUGCUUUCUUGUUCUUUCUUAGGGCCUGGUUUAGAUUUCCUUUUAAACUUCAGUAUAUCUAUUUUAGUUGUCCAAAAGUUGUAAAAUGUGUAUUAGUCCUGGCUGUCUUCCACACCCAUACAACUGAUCAUUCCCACCUCAUUCUGGAAAAAGUGCCAGAUGAGAAAUGUCAUUUGUCCAUUCAGAAUAAUUUCAUAACCCAUUUCCUCAUUUUAGUCUGAUCCCUAAAUGGCAAAUCUUAUAAUCGACCAACACAGGCUACCACCUCUCGAAAUAAAGAAACAUUUGCUUUAUCAUUCCAACUUCAGUGUGUGCACAUGCAGAUUUGUAGAAGGGGUAGUGAAAUCAAAGGAAAAACCUGUGCACAUCAAUGUUGGAGCACGGAACUUGGUAAAUGCUGAAGAUUUAGACAGUAAAGAGAGGAUCUCUUUGCGCUAGCUGUGGGAGACGCCUGUACUGUUCAAUCUUUCCUAUACAAGGAAGCACUCAUGGCACAGUGUGCUGCUACCCAGACAAUUACAAAAGAUGUGUAAUUCAGAUUCUGAAAACCAUCAGUAAAGAAAUGUAUUUGUAUAUUCAGUAACUCCAAUUUAGAAAAUCAGUAUUCGUUGUCUCUCCAAUAAGGUUCUACCAUCAGUAUUUUGGAGUGGUUGAGAUUGGAAAUCUGAUUGGAGAUCUGUCAUUAUUCCAGGGGGAUAAAAAUAGAUAUAACAUAGAUAUAGCCCAGUUUUGCCUUUGUCUACUUUGAAACCUUGGUUGGUAUUAUAGUCCUUUUAUUAACUGUUAGGAGGCAAGGUGGCGGAUUCAGCUACACUUGAGGCCAAAAGUUUACAUACACCUAAGCUAAAGAUAUUCAAAAUAAGGUUUUUCACAACUACACACACAUUUCAUGUCACCAUACAUUUUCUGUGUUAAGUCAAUUAGGGUAUCUACUUUAUUUCCAUAAGAGGUCAUUUCAAAAUAAUAGCUCAGAGACAGAUUUAUUUCAGCUUUUAUGUACUAUAUCAGAUUUUCAGUGGGUCAAAAGUUUACAUACACUUUGUUAGUAUUUGGUGGCAUUGCCUUUUAAUAGCUUAACCCUUUGAUGCACAAAAGCUAUGCAAACCCCUUCUAAUGCACAACAUGGGUCAAAAAUUACCCAUAUUCAUUUCCUAUGUUAUUUCAUGCAUGGCUGAGUGUUUCUUUGCUAUAUCUUUUGAAAUCAAUUUAUUUCAUCAUUUAAUAUUCCAAGUAUUCAUUACAAAUCUUGUUUUUGAUUACCAAAUCAUUAUUUUCAUUUUUCCUUUCUUACUUUAUGAACAAAAAUAGCUUUUGUAUUCCUACAUCAAGUUUACACACACAGGUAAAAAAUGACCCAUCUAUGUAAGUGUGAUUUUAAAAAAUAAAGAUAUACUAUAAUAAUAAUUUUGUUAAAAUAAUUAUUUUAGCAGUGAUUUGGACCAAACAAUAGUACAUUUAAUAUUUGAAAUAUGUUUAUUUGUCACUUUGUCACACAUAACAUACACAUAUCACUGAAAACCAGUAACACUGAUAUUGAACUGUAGUGUAUCUGUAGUGUAACUGUAGUGAACUGUGGUGAAUGUGACCGAAUAAAAGAAAAUAAAACUGAUUAAAUAAAAUCACAUGGGUACAGCGCAAAUUGCCAUCUCAGUGCUUACAUGCCUCACAAAUGGCACAAAUGACAACUACAUGCUUGUGCUCCUUGCACACAGGCCUGGUGCACUGGGAACACCAGCUGCUGACUUUCCUGCCUUUGGCAGCUGGGCAGAUCUUGCACCUCUUCCUCUUCACUUGGCUCUCCUGUCCUAUGUCCUCCUCUGGCUGGGUGGUGGCUGCGUUUUGUUUUUUUAUCCCACAUCUUCCCAUUGCCUUUGUAAUAUUUUUGGAGGUGGGGCGUGCCCUCCAUUCACCUCUUCAUAUGUGGCAUGACAAGCUCUUUACCCAGCUCCUUGAUGAAUAGCCACCAUGCAUUGAUCACACCACCCAUGUAAUCAGGGUGUUGUGCAGUGAAGUUGGUGUAGGCAUUGAGGGUGGCAACAUCCAGCACAUUGUGCCAGUGCACCAUGGGCCACCUCCGUGUUCUCCGCUUACAUGAGUAGGUGCGAACCAUCUGAUCCAUUGUGUCCACUCCUCCUUUUGUUUUGUUAUAGUACUGGAUCACAUCUGUUUUCUUCUUCACCUGUUGUCAUCCACUGCUUUGUCAUCAUGCAUGGUGCUCAGGAGGAUAACAGCCUUUCCCUUCUUCGGCAGAUAGCUCACCAUGGUCAUGUUGCCAUUGAAUCCAAAUUCUGAGCAAUGCAUCUCCCUCAAUUUGGAUGGCUUCAUGGCAGGCGGUAUGUCUGGCUUGUUCUGGCGAAGAGUCCCCACAAUGGUCAGGUUCUUCUCAAGGAGCUUCUCAGCCAGAGGGACAAUGGUGAAUAAGUUGUCCAUUGUGAUGUUGUGACCUAUGAUUUAAAAAAUAAAAAAUAAA